CCCAAAUCGAAAAUCCAUUAUUUUCUCUAUUUCCUUCUUGAGCAUCAAACGUGAAUUCGAAAGCCACACAACUUGAUAAUCAAAAGUAUAUUGGUUUGAAUUCAUGAGAUUGGAAGCGAAGGUGAUUGCUUGAAAUCGAAAUUCAAUUAAAAGUCAAAAUUCGACUGAUAUUAGUUGGAUUCGACUGAUGUUUGUUGUUGGAGUCAAAAUCUGUUUCGAUUUCAACUGGUAUUACUUGAUGUCAUUCAAAAUCAAACAUGUUUGAGUAGAUUGGAGUCUAAAUCAAGUUCAAUUGAACUCCACCGGCGACCGUCGAACUCCACAAAUUCGGUUCAGGUUCUUCUCAGAACUUCACUAUUGUGUAAUACUCAAAGAAAUGGAAAAGUCAAGGGUAAAAAAGGUAAAAAAAGAAGAGGUUGACAACAAUAGUGAUUGGAGUUGGUUAAUGGACAAGGGUAUAUCUGGUCCAUUCAUUUGCAUUAGUCUAUUUUCAAUUCUUGUUCGAGUUUCUGUAUCUAUGCAUCCAUAUUCUGGAGCUGGUGAUUCACCAAAAUAUGGAGAUUUUGAAGCUCAAAGACAUUGGAUGGAGAUCACAACCAAUUUACCUGUCAAUGAAUGGUAUCACAACAGCACUUCUAAUGAUCUUGCUUAUUGGGGACUUGAUUAUCCUCCACUUACUGCUUAUCAGAGUUAUGUUCAUGGGAUUUUUCUAAGAUUCUUCCAUCCAGAUUCUGUUUCACUUUACACUUCACGAGGCCAUGAAUCCUAUACUGGAAUGUUUUUGGAAGGAUUGAAGGAAUGGAAUCUGUCACAGGAAUUGGAAUCGUAUUCCAUCGUAUUUCUAUGGUUUAUUAUAGUCUAUGCAAGCCAAUCAAAAGGGUAUAAAAGUAACUUACCAUGGCAUGUUGCAAUGAUUCUGCUUAACCCAUGCCUCAUCCUUAUUGAUCAUGGUCAUUUUCAGUAUAACUGCAUAAGCUUAGGACUUACCAUUGGAGCUGUUGCAGCUUUACUUUGUGACAAAGAUCUUGUUGCUUCAUUCUUCUUCACUCUUGCUCUCAACCACAAACAGAUGAGUGCUUAUUUUGCUCCUGCAUUUUUCAGCUAUUUGUUGGGAAAAAGUUUAAGGUGUAAAAAUCCAGUUUUGGAGGUUGUGAAAUUGGGCAUAGUUGUUAUAGGAACAUUUGCUCUUAUUUGGUGGCCAUAUAUUCACUCCAAAGUUGCAAUUUUUGAGGUUGUGUCACGUUUGGCGCCUUUUGAGAGGGGAAUAUAUGAGGACUACGUGGCUAAUUUUUGGUGCACAACUUCAGUCCUCAUUAAGUGGAAAAAAUUAUUCACAACACAAUCACUGAAGCUGUUAAGUCUUACAAUCACUCUUUCUUCAUGUCUUCCUUCCAUGUUUCUUCAAAUAAAGGCACCAAGUAAACGAGGCUUCCUCUAUGGACUUCUUAAUUCUGCUUUCUCCUUCUAUUUCUUCUCAUUUCAAGUACAUGAGAAGUCUAUUCUUUUGCCACUCUUGCCAGCAAGUCUCUUAGCAGUAGAAGAGCCUUUCCUUUUUCAAUGGCUAACACAAUUCGCCUUAUUCUCCAUCUUCCCUCUUUUACUUCGUGAUAAAUUACUUCUCCCAUAUAUCGCUCUUUAUGCCAUCUUCAUCCUCAUUCACUAUGGAAAACCUAAACCCAAACCCAACACACAAAAACCUAAUUUUUUUCUAUCAUUUCUGAUUGUUUGUCUUCUUCUGUUGUCACUUGUUCUUCACGUAAUUUAUUUGAAAGUAAACCCACCCAAGAAAUACCCUUUCCUCUUUGAAGCCAUCAUCAUGCUUCUUUGCUUCUCUCAGUUUGUUUUCAUUGCUGUUUAUUCCAAUCGAAAGCUAUGGAUUUUGUCAAGAACGUUGCUAGUCGAAAUCGAAAAGAAGAGGAUUUGAUAUUUGUAUUUUCCGUUUUAGUUUUUAAUUACAAUUGACUUUUUGAUUAUUAUUCUAAUAUAUAAUCUGUUAAACGUUUACUCAACGACCAUUUAUUUAACCACAUUUAUUUCUUGUAA